AUGGGAAGUCAAUGCUGUAAAAAUAAUAACAUUCGUUGUUAAGAAGAAGUAAUUUUAUAAAAUGAACAAACUGCGAAUGCUUCUCCAAAUCCUUUAUAAAAAGUCUCGCUUUCUUAAUAAGGCAGUAAAAAAAGCUAAAUUGAAGAGGAUUAACAAAUGAAUGUGGCUUAAUAGCCAGGUUAUUGUUUGGAAAGUGAAAAUAACUAAGAUGCUGAAUAAUAGGAGGAGAUGCCAAAAAAAGAGAUUGAACUUAUUAAAAAGGAAGAAUCUGUGCCCCUAACGAAAAUUGACAGUAGUGAUGCUUCUCACAUAAUUACAGCUAAGGAGGAAAUAAAAAAAAAAAAUGAACCCCAAGGACCAGGAGUAAGGAUAAAACUAGGACAUGAUAUUUUUGUGAAACUCAAAGAAGGAUCAAUUGGGAGUCAUUAUAAUUUUGGUAAAGUGUUGGGACAAGGUGCAUUCGGCAAGGUUUGGAAAGUAACCCAUAAAACUACUGGAUUAGUAAGAGCCAUUAAGUAAUUGAAAAAAAGCUCAUUAAUAAAAGAAGAUGAAUAACGAAUGUUUUCAGAAAUGAACAUAUUAAAGAAUCUUGACCAUCCUCAUAUAGUAAAAUUAUUUGAACUCUAUCAAGAUGAAAAUAAUUAUUAUUUAGUUACUGAGUAUCUAUCAGGAGGUGAACUAUUUGAUAGAAUCAAAAAAAUGUCAUCCUUUAGUGAAAAUAUUGCUGCUGAUUACAUACGAUAAAUAUUAUUAGCCACAAUGCAUUGUCAUCAGCAAAACAUUGUACAUAGAGACUUGAAACCUGAGAAUGUCAUCUUUAUCAAUGAAGAUCCAAAUUCCCAAUUAAAAGUCAUUGAUUUUGGAACUUCAAGAAAAUUUGACAACACAAAGGCAAUGAGUAAAAGAUUAGGAACACCCUAUUACAUAGCUCCUGAAGUCUUGAAUCAUCAAUACAAUGAGAAAUGUGACAUUUGGUCUUGUGGAAUCAUUUUAUAUAUUCUAUUGUGUGGUUAUCCUCCAUUUUCAGGCAAGAGUGAAAAUCAAAUAUUGGAUAGAGUCAAAGCAGGGAAGUUUAAUUUUGAUCCUGAGGAUUGGGAUUAAAUUUCUAAGGAAGCCAAAGAAUUCAUCACCAAAUUGUUAAGAAUGGAUCCAAAUAAAAGAUUAUCAGCAAAAUAAGCUUUAGAUGAUCCUUGGUUAGUUAAAUAUGCUCCCACAUCCUAAGUUAAUAAAAGAGUUCUUGAUAACAUCAGACAAUUUAGGGCUUAAACUAUCUUAAAAUAAGCUCUAAUGUCAUAUAUGAUUACUUAGAUGUCUACUUAAAAGGAAAUAUCUGAAUUACAAAAUGAAUUCAAAAGACUUGAUAUCAAUAAUGAUGGGUAUCUUUCUAAAGAAGAACUAAUUAAAGGAUAUCAACAACUGAAAUUGGACUAUAAGUAUGCUCAAGAGGAGGUUGACAGAAUGAUUGAUAUGAUAGACAUCAAUAGAUCUGGAAUGAUUGAUUUUUCAGAAUUUUGCAUGGCUGCGAUAAAUUAAGAAAAAUUAUUAUCGGUCUAACGAGUAGAAUAGGCAUUCAAGAUCUUUGAUUUGAAUGGAGAUGGGUUCAUUUCUAAAUAAGAAUUGGAAUCUAUAAUGGGAGAUCUUGGUGAUGAUGUUUGGAGCUAAAUUCUUUCAGAUUGUGAUGGCAAUAACGAUGGAAAAAUCUCAUAUGAAGAAUUCGUAAGAAUGUUAAAGAACAAAAAACUUUGA